CGGUAACCAGGCUUGGUGAUGAAUCUCAGAAGAUCUGUUGGGCUGAGCUGUGUGGCAACCACAAGGUCCCAGUUUUUCUCCGACAAGACCCAAUUGGCAGAAAACAGGGACGCCAAAGUCCAUGUGAAUUGAGUUCUAGAAGAGAAGCUGGCCAACUGUGGAAUUAAAGAUCAUGGAUGUGGCACUGGGUCCAGGCAACACACUGAAGCAAGGAGGACCUGGGAACUUUGAAGAAGAGAAUGUUUGGCUGCAGGAGUGGAUUCAUGAAGAACUUGCCCAAGGUGAAAUCUGGCAGAAGCAAUACGAGGCACUGUUGGGGCAUCAGGCCCAGCUCUGCUCCUUGCUACAAGCCAAGAGUCUUACAGCCCUGGAGAAGAAGACCCAAACACUGCAGGAGGAGCUGGAAGAAACCCAGGAGGCCCUGCGGGAGUUCCAGAAUCGGAGCCGCCAGCGCCAACUGAACAUCAACAAGCAAGAAAAGGAAAAUAAGAGAAUGACUGAGACAGUUAAAGAUCUGGAAAGAAAGGUCUUCAAGCAACAGUUGGAGGAGAAGUCCAACAAGGACAUCCUGAAGGAGCUGAGAACAGAAGGCAAUGAACUGAAGAGGCACUUGUCUGAAUGGGAGGCCAAGUGGCAGACAAAGCAUGACAGGAUCAAACAGAAACAGCACCGGAUUGAGAAACUGAGCAGCACCAUCCAACAAUUAUCUCAGAGGAGCCAGGAGCUGCACAGAAACAUCACCCUUUUGGAAGACAGUGUGACAGAAGUUCAGCACGAAGAGGCGCUUUUCCAGAAAGAAGUACUCUCCAGACAAGAAGAAAGCAGAAGCGGAGGCGUUCUUUGGGAGGAACGAGCAUGUGAUCAAAUGAAGAGGCUUCCAUGUUUAGAACCAGGCAGAAUUGAUUCCAAAGAUAAGCUGCUUACCAUAUCCCCCCCUCUUCCCACUCUCCAGGCUGCCUGGAACCUGCUGUGGGCAUCAGCCAAAGUGCUGCUUGUGACGCUGCUGUUGGCGCUGGUCUUCCGCUUCCUUCUUGGCUGGCUCUCCAGCCAACCAUGUCCGCAGCUCCAUUCAGCUCCCUUGCUCUAUAUCCAGCCCAAGAGGCUUUUGCCGCCUUUCUCUUCAUAAAGGCAUGCAUGCUCCUGUCAUUAAUGUCCUUUAAUAAAAUGUCAUAGUAAGCAAGUCAAACUA